CAGGAGAAUAGCGUGAACCCGGGAGGCGGAGCUUGCAGUGAGCCGAGAUUGCACCACUGCACUCCAGCCUGGGCGACAGAGCGAGACUCCGUCUCAAAAAAAAAAAAAAAAAAAAAAAAAAAAGAAUGAAAAUUACAGAAAGACCUAAAAGGGCUGCCUAUAACUAAAGAGGAAGGAGAAUAAGAUCAAGAACACAGAAAAUAAGAUGUUGGAAACUAUCACCAAGAGUCACUGAAAUGUCUAUAGCAUUGAGCUUAUGAUGGGUAGGUAUGUUAGGUUGACUUAAAGGAUCAGAUUUAAGAUGGAGAUUGAUAGAAAAAUCUAUUAUAUGUCUGAUCGUCUUUCUCUUCUAUAUAAAAGACUUUAUUGGCUCUUGUAUCAACUAUAGGACAAAAUUCAAGAUUUUCAAAUGACCUAAGAGGGCCUCCAUAUUUAGGCUUCUUUUUAUCUCUGCAAACUUACCUCCUUCCCCCUGCCCUCUUGAUCUUUAGGUUCCAUCAACUCUAAAUACCUGCUGCUCUUUUCUCAUGUUUCCUCUGCCAAGAUUGUCCUUAAUUUCCUCAUUUUCUGGGUAAAUGCCUGUUCAUUCCUUAAGACCCUAUACAGACAUCACCAUCUCCAGGACACUCCCUCUGAAUCCUCCUUGCUCUCAGAGUUACCCAUCCAUCCAUCCAUGCAUUUAUUUAUUUGUUUAUUAUUGAGAAAAUAUUUAUUGAGUGCUUAAUAUGGAUCAGAUUCUAUGUCAUGUAAUGGGAACACCGUGGUGAAUAAGAUAGGCCACACAUAACCUUUACCCUUCUUGGUCUUACAUUUAGCAGUGGAUACACAUGUAUAACGCAAUAAUCACAAAUAAAAUAAUUACCAAUUUCAUAAAUGCUACAAAUAAAAUAAACGAUGAACUAUCAUACAGAAAAAUGAGGAUGAGGGGUAGGCAGAGAGGCAAACCACUUUAGUAUAAGGUUGAGCCAUAAAAAGUUGUUGAUCUUUAAACUGUUUGUGUCCCAUAAAAUAGUUUUACAUAGUUUAACCUAAUGGUUGACUUUCUGAGGAAUUGACAUUUAAGCUGAAACCUGAAGGAUGAGGUGGAAUUGGCCAUGCUGGCUGAGCCUAUAAUUCGGCAUGUUCCAGGAACCAAAUGAAAAGAAUUGAGAAAAAAGAAUGGAGCUUGCUUGAUAUUUCACUAGGUAAAGAAUUUAAGGCGAGUAUCUAUCUUUGUUCUCCUUGGCAACUGAGAGUCUGCCCUUGGAAACAUCAGGCACCAUGGGGAAGCGGGAUAAUCGGGUAGCCUAUAUGAAUCCUAUAGCAAUGGCCAGAUGGAGAGGCCCAACUCAAUCUGUGGGCCCAACAAUCCAAGAUUAUCUAAAUCGACCAAGACCCACCUGGGAAGAAGUAAAGAAACAAUUAGAAAAUAAAAAAACAGGCUCAAAAGCAUUAGCUGAAUUUGAAGAAAAAAUGAAUGAAAAUUGGAAGAAAGAACUUGAAAAAAGCAGAGAGAAAUUAUUAAGUGGAAAUGAGAGCUCAUCUAAAAAAAGAGGAAGAAAGAGAAAGAAAAAGAAGAAAUCUUGUCGGUCUUCAUCUUCUUCAUCAAGCUCUGAUUCUUCAAGCAGUUCUUCAGAUUCUGAGGAUGAGGAAAAGAAACAAGGAAAAAGGAGAAAGAAAAAGAAGAACCGUUCAUACAAAUCAUCCCAAAGCUCUACGUAUGAAUCAGAAUCAGAGAGCAAGGAGUCUGUAAAAAAGAAAAAGAAGUCAAAGGAUGAAACAGAGAAAGAAAAGGAUGUAAGAAGCCUCAGCAAAAAAAGAAAGAAAAGUUACUCUGAUGAUAAACCUUUAUCAUCUGAGUCCUCAUCUGAAUCAGAUUAUGAAGAGGAUGUGCAAGCAAAAAAGAAGAGAAGGUGUGAAGAGCGAGAACAAGCAAAGGAAAAAGUAAAGAAGAAGAAGAAGAAACAGCACAAGAAACAUAGUAAGAAGAAGAAAAAGAAGUCUGGAUCAAGUCACAAGUCAAGGUAACAUCAAGAAAAAAAGCAAGAAUGAGUUUGCCGAGUUCCCCUGUGUUAGUAGAAUUAUUUCUGGACUUUGAAUUGCCUAUCAAAUCCCACUGUGCCAGAAAGGGGCAUAGUGGCUGCUGGCAACUUCAAUAUACAUUUUUGUUUGUUUGCUUGUCCUUCCUUCUAAUGGUUAAUUCCUCUGAGAGCUAAAAUUCUGUUGUCAUACCAGUGAAUAAAAUGUUUGAAAUUAAAGUAAAAUGUGUUAGAUAAUGAAUAACUUUGACAAAAAAAAGUGUAUCUAAGGUUAAAUGUAUCUAAUUCGAAUACAUCUUUGAAAUAUCACCAUCAAUGAAACAUAAAUGUAAUUUCCAGACAAUUGUAGUUGGUAUUUUUGAUGCAAGGACUUAAUAUUGAUGUCUCAAAUUCCUUGCUUUUGUAAAUAAGUUUAGUUCAUUUUCCUUUUUUCUUUAAUGAAUCUUUGUUUACAUGGGGAAAGAGCAUGUGGGGUGGGAAGGGCAAGUGUUUGCUAAUCACUGUGGCUAGCUGAAUAGUGUGCCUUUGACUCUUACACAUCCUAUUUUUGCCAGAGCAGCAGCCGUCCUUUUCUUACUUUAUGAAAUUCUGGGGUGUUGUAUGCUGCUUCAAGUGAACAAGAAGGACAGAAGUUUACAGCAUAAGUAAGCCCCCAUAUCUAUGAAAUUUACCUCUUCUUCAGCACUGUUUACUGUACAGUACUGAAUAAUAUUUAGUAUUACAAUAUUACAUGAUUUGAAAUAACUUUAUACCCAUUUUGUAUGGGAACCAUUCUAAACAGACCCUGAUGUUGUUUGAUUAAGAAAUAUUCUGAAAUUUUUUUUGCAUGUUUUAUACUGUUAAGUUUUAAUUAUCUGACCAUAUUCUAUAUAACUGAUGAUCCUUUUUUAAGAUAUGAUUUAUGCUUAGGAUAUAAGUUUCAAGUUUUUAGUUUCUUAACCUUGCUAUAUUAAUUUCAUUACUGUGUUUAAUUGCGCCCUUGCCAAAAUAUUUAGCAUGUGAAAAGGUUUUUUUAAAAAAAUAUGUAAUGCCUUCAUAUUGAAGCUGGUUACUGUACGCAAGUUGAGUGCCAGACCUCUAGUACGCCAUAUGUUACAUGAAACUACUGCCAAAAUCUUAGUAAGAUUGUUGUUGAAAAGAUUGUUGUCUUAAGCAUUAAUAUUGAAUUUAUAUAGAAGUUAAAUGUAGAUGAUAAUGACAUCAUUGAUCUUUCUGUGUCCAUAUUUUCCUACAAUUUGGUGCCUUGUAUCUGUUGCUGAUUCACUUUUACCACUAGUGUAAAAAUAAGUGAAAAAAUAUUUUUACUUUACAUUUUUAUAUAUCAGAGUAACAAAUUAUAAAUUUGUGUCUCAAAAACCACCUGUGAUGGAGGAUGUGCUAAUUGUAAUGUCAUAGGUACAAAGUAUUUUGGCAUGAUGAAAGGCCCAAUAGCUAUUGUUUUUAAAUAGCAGAUUUUAUCUCGGCUACCUUCAAUCACAAGUAAAAUUAUAAAGAUAAAAAACAUCUACAUAAAUAACAUGUUGGCUGCCAAAUUUUUUGCAUUGGAAGUACUGGAAUCUCUCAUUAAAGUUCUUGGAACAUUAUAGUGAUGCCAUGUUAGAUUACCUUGGAGCUUCAUAACUUUAGCUUUUUCCUAAAAAUAUAUGUUUAUGCUGAUAAAAACUAUUACAUUUAUGGGAUAUUUUGUAUCCAUAUAGAGUUUUUCAGAAUUGUUCAUUAAAAUGCUUUUUAUAAGCUUAUAUUAUUUGUAGAAUAUGGCAAAAGCAUUUACAGCUCAUCAUGUAUCUGUCUGCUCCUGUUCACUUCCAAACCUCUUGUAGUUAGGCAAUGCCAUUUGACUACUUCAAGCAGAGGGAUUGUAAACAGAAGUGAUUUUCUAUUUCCAUGUUGGACUGUAAAAAGUUCUGCAUGACCCUCCAGUUUUCUUUUGCCUGUCAUGGUGACCUGAAAGCAAGAUGUUCCAAAUGGCAUACUUACAAGAUGGAUGCAACCUGGGUCCUUAGGUCACUGUUUAGAAGGAACCUGACUGGAGUGCUGAUGGACUUGCAGUAAACUUUUUAAGUGUAAGAAAUAAACUGUUAUGUGUUAAACCACCGUG